CCACUGUAACUGAUGCUCUUAGGCACUCUAACUGAAGAAAGUGAAGCUAAGCUGGGAGCUCAGCUUACAGGAACCAACACACUUCCAUUGUUCCAUGGAGCUCAAGUCCUCCUCCUCCCCCUACCUCCAGCCCUCUGCAACUAUGCCCUCCACAAGACGAAACUCAUUCCAAGGACUAGGAGUUGAUGCAAUGGCUGGAGGAGGAAGAAGCAGCAACCCGUUUGGGCCCACAUCCAGUGACCCACUCUGCAGCCUCCACCUGAAAGAGACCUCUGAGUUCGUCAGGUCCUCCUUCCCCAUGGCCGCCAUGGCCAGGAGCAACAGCAGCAAUGGCCACGGCUACUACCACCACAACGAGGCCUCCACCACCACCUCCUCGUCUUCCUCCACGGCCUCGGCCCAGAGACGGAGAUCAGUGGAGCAGCAGGUCCCGGGGACACCGGGGCGGCCAUUGCUGUUCCUCGCCACCUCCUCCUCGAGCCCUGCCCACCACCAGCUCGUCUCCGCGAGGAGGUCGGUGCCCUCCAAGUGGGAGGACGCGGAGAAGUGGCUGAGGCAGCCGUCCGACCAACGCGGUCACCACCAUGCCAAGGCGGCCUCCAAGCAGCACCAUAAUGGUGGCGGCCUUGUUCAGAGAGGCGCCGGCGCAGAGGAGGAGAAGGCGCCGGCGACGGCGAGGAGAACCUCGCUGGACGCCAAUGCGCUUGCGUUGUAUACACCACCUGCAGAAGUGCUCCUCAAAGACAAGUUCACGGACAAUGUGGAGCCGUCCAAGGAGAGCUUCGUGUUCCGGAGUUCCUACUGCGAGCCAGCGAAGAAUGCCUCGGCGGUGGUGGCCGGCGACGAUGACCUCCACCGGAGGGAUAUAGGCACGGAGAUGACGCCCCUAGGGAGCUCCACGACCUCACGGUGCCACACGCCGAUUAAGAGCACCUCACCGCUCAGGCACAACACGCCGACGGGUCGGUCGGGGCCCCUAGUGCCGUACAAUGGCGGCAGCGGCAUGGACAUCUCGGAGCUCACCGACUGCCAUUUUGCCAAGCUGGACCUCGGCGCGCAGUUCGACGCCAUGCUCACCAACUGGAGCUCCAAGGAGGAGGAGGAAGAGGAGGUGUCCAAGAGCCUCAGGCACUUCGAGGCAAGUGCUGGUGGUGGAGGAACUUGCGAUAAGCGUGCUGCCGUCACCGAUUGUCGAUGGGAUGAUGAUGAGAGAACUAAGAGCUGCAUAAGGUAUCAAAGAGAAGAGGCAAAGAUUCAAGCCUGGAUUAACCUGGAGAGUGCCAAAGCUGAAGCACAAUCCAGAAAGCUAGAGGUGAAGAUUCAGAAGAUGCGGUCGAACCUGGAGGAGAAGCUGAUGAAGCGGAUGACGAGCGUGCACAGGCGCGGCGAGGAGUGGCGCGCGGCGGCGCAGUCACAGCACCUGCAGCAGCUCAGGCGCGCCACCACGGAGCACCACGCCCGGAGGGUGAAGACGAUAAGCCAACAUCUCUCAGCUGGGACCGGGACCAACGCGGCGUCCUGCGGCUGCUUCCCCUGCAACAGCAACAACAUCGUCAGCAGCGGCAACCUUCUCAAUUAUUCAUGAUGUUCGUCAUCAGAGAAAGAUCAGGAGAAGGAAGGUUCAUGUGUGUAAUGGGUGUAUGCUGUCAUCGGCCGGUGUCGUGUAACCAACCAAAGCUGUUCAUUUCUCUUUUUAGAAGGUGAUGAUAUACUAACUAGGUUAAUUACUGAUUGUUCUUUCUGUAACCCAUAGUAUUUGUGAACUUGAGAUGCCUGUGAAAGAACGUGGGGCACAUCGAGAAAUGAAUACUAGAACGCAAAAUACUCCA